AUGAAGAAUUUUAUAAAGAAAAAACACAAGAAAAUGAGCCUAGCGAUACAAACACCUGAAAGCCUCAUAUCCGAUGAUUUCGGCUAUACCCAGCCAAAGAGAUUCAAUUAUCUGGACACAUUCUCAAAUCUGUCUCGCAAUACCUCUCUAACUUCGCUAAAAUCAUCCUCAAGAGUCUCAAGUGACUACAGUUAUAGACCUCGAGAUGAGACACUAAAGAAGCCCGAUUGUGAUGGUAUUCUGGAUAAUAAGAACAGCAGCCAAAUACGAACAGUACCGACAUUGUGUUCAAGUGACAAAUUGAGUAGGUGCGAUAAAAGUACCAUGAAAUACCACAAGAAGUCAGAGUCGGAUGAGUUCGAACAAUUCACUUCACCAGAUUUACAUUUUGAAGCAAUUGAUUCCAUCUCAGUUAACAACAUUUCAGAUAACGUCUAUGAAUCACAUACUGAUUUGAACAGUUACCAGCAAGAUGAGGAAUAUGAAAACUCCGAUGACGAAAGUAAUACAGGGCUCUCGUCUUAUUUUGCACCAAUUUAUUAUGGAUUAAACUCAAACACUUUUUUCCAGCCCUCGUUUGAUACACUAUUUGACGCCGAAAAGAAAGCUAGAAGCUACACCUUUGGUUUUGACGAUUUCAGAAUCAAAAAGCCUUCUAAGAAAACUGUAAAUAAUUUUGUGCGUUUAAUGCAGCAAAAGAGGCACAACACAAAAUCUCCUUAA